AUGGCUCAAGACUGUCCGUCCAAGGUGGACACUGAGCUCCAUGAGCAUACCACUAAGGGCGAGAUGGAACCCGUCACCACCGUUGAUCCGGUCGCCGAGAAGAAGCUGCUGCGAAAAUGCGAUCUUGCCCUCAUCCCCCCUCUCAUGACUAUCUACUUUCUGUCCUUUAUGGAUCGCACCAAUAUUGGCAACGCCAGGAUUCAGGGCAUGACGGCCGAUCUGCACAUGCAAGGUUCUGACUACAAUAUUGCCUUGUUUGUCUUCUUUAUCCCUUACAUCAUAUUCGAAGUCCCAUCCAACAUCAUCAUCAAGCGCAUUUCUCCAUCUCUCUGGCUAAGCUCUAUCACCGUUCUAUGGGGCAUCUCUACCAUUGGUAUGGGCUUGGUCAACAAUAACGCCGGCCUAAUCGGUUGUAGGCUUCUUCUCGGCUUGUUCGAAGCCGGCAUCGUGCCAGGCGCCAUCUACCUCAUCAGUAUGUACUAUCAACGCUAUGAGGUUCAGUGGCGCAUGUCCAUCUUCUUCUGCGCGAGUAUUUUGGCGGGCGCCUUCUCCGGCUUGCUUGCGUUCGCCAUCGGACACAUGCAUGGUGUCGGCGGAUACUCGUCCUGGCGAUGGAUUUUCAUCCUCGAAGGUCUCGUCACGGUCGUCGUCGGGGUCAUCUCAAAGUGGUGGAUCCCGGACUGGCCCGAGACCGCAAAGUUUCUCACCGAAGAGGAACGGGGGAGGCUUGUGGCCCGCCUCGCAGCAGACGUGGGCAGCGCGAGAAUGGAUCACCUGGAUAAACGCGCCAUGAAGCGCAUCGCCAAAGAUUGGAAGAUCUACGUCGGUACCAUCGCCUACAUGGGCAUCCUCAAUAAUGGAUAUGCUGGAUCUUUCUUCAUCCCUAGUAUUCUUAACCAGAUGGGCUUCAAGUCAGCCGAGGCUCAACUCCGCACGAUUCCCAUCUAUGUGGUCGCAACCGUCCUCUGCCUGGGUGCAGCUUACCUGGCCGACCGCACGCGCCACCGGUACACCUAUACAGUCGUGGGUGUCGCGGUCGCCACGACUGGCUAUAUUAUGUUACUAUGCCAGUCCUCCAUACCCCUGGGAGCCCGCUACUUUGCUUUGUUCCUGAUCGUCGGCGGCGGAUACAUGUCACAGCCUGUUGUCCUGGGCUGGUUGGCCAAUGUGGUCAGCGGGCACUACAAGCGCUCCGUCGCAUCAGCCUUCCAGGUCGGGUUCGGCAAUGUCGGUGGUUUCGUGUCCUCCAAUGUGUUCCUUGACCGCGAGGCGCCUUACUACACCACGGGCUACUCGGUUAGUCUGGGCAUGAUGGCUGUCUGCGCCAUAUUCUGUACUAUUCUCUACUUCGGCGUCAUCCGCGAGAACAAGAAGAGGGACCGCGGCGAGCGCGACUACCGUCUGCAGAAGCCCGAUGCUGACAAUCUCGGCGAUGACCACCCAGAAUGGCGUUUUGCCACGUGA